UUGAACCUGCUAGAUGUUAGCUUGUGUGGAGGGUUGAACCUGCUAGAUGUUAGCUUGUGUGGAGGGUUGAAACUGCUAGAUGUUAGCUUGUGUGGAGGGUUGAAACUGCUAGAUGUUAGCUUGUGUGUCGUCUAACAUCACCAUCGUCUGUCGAGGCUCGGAUGUUAUGUCUAUCUGAGUGAGAGGAUGAUGGAGUCCCAUCGUAAAGCCUUGACCAAGAUGGAGGAUGACUACAGACAGGAGCUGCCCUUCAAGCUACAGGCGGUUCUGGAGGAGCAGAGGACCCAGAAUGCUGUGCGUCUGAAGGAGCAGGAAGAGGAGCUAAAGAGGGAGGCGGGGUUAGAGCUGGUGAUUGACAGGGAGAAGAGUCGGGAGCUGCUGCUGCAGUACCAGAGAGAGAAGGAGCAGAUGCAGAGGAAGCUGUCCUCCCAGGUCCACUCAGCCACACAGGAGCUCAGAGAGGAGGUGCAGAGACUGAGGGAGAUGCAGGAGGAGAGGAGCACUAAAGAGGAGAGGCUACAGCGUGUACUACAGCACUCCCAGCAACAGGGGGCGCUAGAGCUGAGCCAGGCCAGAACAGAACUGCAGCUACUGAGAGGAGAGAACACUGGACUACAGGACGAGGUGGUAUUGCUUCAGGAGACAGUGAGGAGAGAGUGUGAGGAGAGAGGGGAGCUGACCGCUGCUCUUACCCAAGCUAGAGAGCAGCUCCUGGUGCUACGACGCCAAGCCUCGCCCCUGGAUCUCUCCCACCUCAAGGGCAAACACCCCCAGACAGACCUCCCACAUUCCCAGACCAAAGUCAGACUGCCCCUCACCCACUCCUUCACCCCCCAGCACACACUGAGACCCUCCCCUCCAUACACAGCCACGGGGGGGAGAGAAGGGGGAGGCGUGGGAAGGAGUGUGGCAUCCUGGCACAGUAGUGGGGGAGGAGCUGGGGAGAAAGGGAGAGGGGGAGAGAGAGGGGGGAACCUGCCCAAACUGAGGUCCAGCAGUGAGGUCAAACACAGAUGCGACUCGUCGUUGUUCCUGGUGCUCAUGUUCUCCCUCCAGAUGCACUCCUGA